UCUUGGAAUAAUGUGGAUUUGUGUUUGUUUACUGAUUUCGACUGCUUGCAUAUCAUACGCGGCAGGUCAGAACGAUGAUGGUGCAUUCACAUCAGCUGUUCUACCGAAAAAAAACAACAACAACCAACUCGAAUUUGCUGGUCAAAAAUAUUAUUUCAAUACAGUGUUCAAGGCAAACUACUUCGGAGCAAUGGCAUACUGUAAGCAACAAGGGAUGGAAUUACUCAGCAUAGAAAGCCAAGCUGAAAACAAAAGAAUCGAGUUAUUCUUGGUAGAGAACGGACUGACCUACGGUCACUUUUGGACGUCGGCGACGAAAUCAGUGGACAACGUACAUUGGAAAUGGUUGUCCACGGGAAGGGACAUCGUUUACACCAACUGGUACUGGUCGGAACCCAACAACAUACCCAUCGUGUGGGAGCACUGCAUCGAAAUCCGGAUAGAAGGUACCACCGGACUCACUUGGAACGACUUGCCUUGCUCCAGAGAAUUAUUGUCCAUUUGUGAAGCGCCCAAAAAUUAUUGUCGAUGUUAAUUCGGAAUAAAGGUGUCUAUGGAAAU